UACUUUCUAAUAUUUUGUCAAAUUUGAUUUUGACAUUAUCAAUUAUUUCUAUAAUGUCAAGCCGUUGAUGUUAUUGUUUGCUGUUCUUACGUUGAUUUAAAACAUUUUAUAAUAGUAAGAGGAUAAGUUAUUGAAAAUUAAAAGAUGUCAGCCUUACAAAAGUCUAUCAUGAAAAAUAAACUGCCGCCAAAGGCACCGAAAUCAUCAGGUGUUUCAAAACUAGCUCCAUUUGGUGGAGGGCGUCGCAAAGACUACACACCAGUUUCUUGGAGAAACUACUUCGAAAAAUACGUUGACGUGGAAACUGAGGGUGGAGUAUUCAGGGUGUAUUUGUCUCCUGAGCCCGACUGCCCCGAGAGGCCCAGGAUCGUGACCUUGCACGGAGGAGGCUACUCCGGCCUAAGCUGGGCAUUGUUUACAGAAGAAAUAACCAGCAUGAUCCAUUGUCAAGUGGUAGCUCUGGACAUACGGGGCCAUGGUGAGACUCAAGCUAAAGAUCCGGACGAUCUUAGCAUAGAAACAUUGGUCAAGGACGUGGAGCAGGUGCUGCUGAAGCUGUUCGCGGCCGAGCUGCCGCCGCUGCUGCUGCUGGGGCACUCCAUGGGCGGCGCGCUGGCCGUGCGCGCGGCCGCCGCGCCGGCUCUGGAGCCACACGUGCGCGGGGUGGCCGUCAUCGACGUCGUCGAGGGUACAGCAAUGGAAGCGCUAGCGAGCAUGCAAAGUUUCCUACGAAGCAGACCAACGCAUUUUAAAAGUAUCGAGCACGCUAUUGAGUGGUGUGUAAGGAGCAGUCAAGUGCGAAAUGUUGCCUCAGCCAGAGUGUCGAUGCCGAGUCAGAUUAUAAAUUGUGAAACGGGUCAGCUUGCUACCAAUGAGGUGGAGAACUACCAGAGCGAGUCUCCGACAGAGCCGCUGCCUCCUCCGCGCCGCGGUGACGUCAUCACCGAGGAGGACGAGGACGGGGAGUUCGAGGGGGAGGGGGAGGGCGACGUUGCUCACCUCAUGAAACCGGUGGGGGGCAUGAAGUACCGCUGGCGGGUGGAGUUGGCGCACACGGAGCGGCACUGGGCGGGCUGGUUCCGCGGUCUGUCCGCCGCCUUCCUGGCCGUACGUGCGCCGCGCCUGCUGCUGCUGGCCUCGCUGGACGGGCUCGACCGCGAGCUCACCGUCGGACAGAUGCAAGGCAAGUUCCAGAUGCAGGUGCUGACGCGCUGCGGACACGCCGUGCACGAGGACUCGCCCGCCGAGGUGGCGCGCGUGCUGGCGGCCUUCGCGCUGCGCCACCGCCUCAGCGCCGCGCGCGGCCCGGACGAGCGCUUCCACGACCACUGA